UCGUCCCUGUGCCGGCUAGGGAGACACAUACCGCCUGCCUGCUGCCUGCAGCAUUUGUGCCUGAGCUCCAGGCUCUGCUGUCCCCUCCGCUCCCUCCCCCCGCUUGCAGCUCUCCAUCAGAGGGAACACUGACAUCCUCUCUCCCCUGACUGCCUCCACAGCUCCAUAGCUCUGCGGUGCAGACGCUCGCUCUCUCUGAGUGAGUUUUUUUCCUCUCCUCUGCCUGGUCUAGCUCUCAGGCUGUGGGAUUAGGUGGAUAAUCAGUGUGUCGGCGAGCAAGAGUGAGGGACUGAAGCAAAGAGAGAGAGAGAAAGCCUGGAUCAGGUGCAGCAGCCUUGACUUCGUCUGUCUCUUUCUGUUACUCUCUCUUUCAGUCUGUUUUCUGCUUGGCACAUACAGAAGGGUAGACAGCACUCAUAAUCCAGCAAUUAGCCUUCCUUCACCCUCUUUCUCCUUCUCUGGGACUCAUCGCAAAGGAGGAGAGAAGAGGAGGGAGACACUCAUCGCAGGACUUUGCAGAGUGACAAGUCGUGUUUUCUUAUUUGCUCGCUCUGCGUCCUACUUCGCCCUACCCCUCCCCUCUACCCCACCCGCACCCCUGCUUGCUCCAGCCAACACACGCCCACACACCCAAGAGUGCGUAUCCAGGGGCAGACAGACAGAUAAACAGACGGACGGACAGACAGAUUGCCAGACGGACGCAGUAGGAUAUGGAGUCCAAAGGAAGCGGCAGGUUCUCUAUGUCCAGGUGUUUGAGCUCAGGAGACACCGUCCACGCCAGUGUUGUCAUCACACUUCUGCUCGGGGUAUGGUGUGCUUCGGCGCUGGAGGUGUCAGUGGGGAAGGUGCCCUUCAUGGAGGCAAUGAACGGCAGCACAGUGCUGUUACCCUGCACCUACUCCAGCUGCAUCGGCAUCAAGAACCUCUACUUCAACUGGCAAUACAACGACAACGGCACCUUGAUGAAGCUGUGUGAGGCAGUGAUCCCUGUAGAAGGUGUGGAACCACGGGUGCAGGUGUACCACGAGCGGAUAGAGUUUGUGGGCAGCAGUAAGCACAACAACAUCUCCAUCCUGCUGUUCAACGUGACCUUCGAGGACGAGGGAGAGUACACCUGUUUCGCCCGGAAUCCCAAGGAGAAGCAUCGCAACCAUAGCGCCAUCUUCACCCUGUUCGUGGUAGAUGAGUUGAAAGUGGUUGACAAUACCGUAACCACCAUCAUCGUGUCUGUCGUGGGCGGAGUCAUUGGCUUGAUCAUCGUUGUCAUGGUGACUAAGACUGUGGUGCUCCUCAUCCUAAAAAAGUCUGCGGAGAAGAAUAAAGAGUGCCUUGUGAGCUCAGGACAGGACAACACAGACAAUGGACUCAACGCAGCCAAAGCGGACAACAAAGCCACACCGAAGGCAUGAAACAUAUACACCUGUGUGUAUGUGCAUUUAUGUCUGUACAUGUAUACAUGUACACAUGCAAAUAUAUUGCACAGACAUAGAAAGAAAGCUAUUAUCAAUGGACUGUUUUAUCUUUAUCUAAUGACACAAGUAUGACAUGAACCAAUGUGAAAUCAUAUGUCAUAUGAGUAUUUUCAAUUGCUCUUGAGAUUUGGGGAACUUGAUGGGUGAUCAGGGCUGGAUCAGACACACUCCAAUGACACACCUUAUAUAUUGUGUAUUCAGAUUCGGGCUUUACUUCAGCAUUUAUCUGAGUGAGCUCAACGUCCAUUUACUGGACAAGCAUUUCUGGAAUCCACAUCGACGUCUCACCAGUUACUCAUUCAUGUACACGACGUAAAAACAGAAGAUUGACGUCCUGGAGGCCGAGCUGAGCAUUUUCCGCUAGAUUCAAGGUUAGGGUUAGAAAUAAGGUUAACAGUGUAAUUAAGGUCAGGGUUAAGGUUAGGUUUAAACCAGAGGAGGCUGGUGGGAGGAGCUAUAGGAGGACAGGCUCAUUGUAAUGGCUGAAAGGAGUAAAACGUGGUUUCCAUAUGUUUCAUUUUUUGAUACCUUCCCAUUUAUUCCAGUCCAGUCAUUACAAUAAGCCCGUCCUCCUAUAGCUCCUCCCACCAGCCUCCUCUGGUUUAAAAUCACAUUUUAAGACCUUUGUGGCUUGGCCAGAAGUAACCACCCUGCAGAACUGUCUCCAGGACAAGAUUCAAUAAAUGCCAACCUGCAUAAGAACACAAACACACACAGAGUAACUCCCAUACUGUCAAGUUUUACUAACUGCCAUUUUGUAUAUCUAUAACAGCUCAGUAUAUUCGGACCAUCUCGACAAGCUCUUUUGAUUACGAGCCAUGUUUAAGGUUGCCUACUGCCCAAUGGAGAUUCUUUAUACUCUCUGCAAACCUUGUACAGGGAGCAAACAGCUUCCCUCCUUUUAACUAUAAGGAACGUUUACAGUUCAUUUUUGAUGCAGAACAAAUUUCAUACAGUAUCAAUUGUGCCUAUUCCAUAGGACAUACAGUAACUGAAAGAUGUUAUCAGCAACACUGUUAUUGAGGUCAAGGCUCUUUAUUAGAUCUGCAUACUGUACCCAAAUACUGUUCAGAAGCUCUGGAAGGCAAGGCAGUGGCCUGGUUAUGAGGACUAUGUCACUGCGGAGGAAAGGAAUGUGAUAAAGGAGAAGAGGAAGAAGGGAGCCAUUGGAGUGUGUAUUAGAUCCAGCCCAGAAAUGGUUUGAUUCAUUUUUGCUUUAGAUAAAACACAUGUGCCUGUUCUCACUUCCCGCUCCCUUCGCUUUUAGGGAGCCUUAAAACCGCUGUGAAAAAGACACAACGACAACAAAAAAACACACAAAAAUACGGAAAUACUAUGAAGAACAAGAUCUAAACUAAAGACAAUUCCCAGAAACACAUUUCCCUAUAAAAACGAAUUCCAGUGUAUGAUGCCGCUUCUAACGAAUAACAAAUGCAUUUUUUUUAGCAUGUGAAUGUUGCUUAUAUAUUAAACAGGUCCAAACCCCGGGAAAGACUGCAGCCUAGUGUAGGACUAACAUGUUGAUGUGGCUAUUGGCCUAAUACAGGAUAACGGCCCACGACUUCAACAGUGCAAAGCAUUGUCUUGAGGACUCUGAUGCCAACUACCAAGCAGGCUCAUCAUCAAUGCCCCUUGACCUUGUGUUCCGUAUUCAAAUCAGUCACCGUAUGAACCACAGUUCCCUCUACUGAUGUGGGUGAUUAUUUUAUGAAUACCCAUUGUUGUUGGUUGUUCCCCAAAAUAGAGACAGCUGUGGGAAUUUGAGCUACGGACCGCAAUGACUCAAAGAUCCUUUGAGUGACAAUCAAAGCAUUCCCCUUAGGGCACUGUCCCCUCGAGAAGGAACGGCAUCGUGCCUCGUUGAUUAAAAUCAUGGAAUUCUCAAAGCGAUAAUAUUCCACGACCAAACGAGGCAAAGCCAUAACAUAUCUGUGGAAAUGCAUUCAUUUCAAACCUGUUUCUAAGGCAAAUGUGUUAUUGGUUGGUCCACGUUUUGUUCAAAUUCAGAGAUGCCACUUGAAACGACGGCCACACCUCUCUACGUCUUUUUGAGUAUUAAGUAUCAUUGUAGUCGCGGAGCUAGGACUAUACAUGAAUGUCCACUUCAUAGGGUUUACUCAUCUGAGAUGCAAAUGGAAUAGGCCCCUCCUUCUCCUCUCCACACCUCUCCUCGCCCUGAGAUCAUACAAUGUGCAGGGGUUUAGGGAGAGGGUGGUGCUGUAGACUUAGGAGGGGUAUUGUAGGCACUUUACUAAUAUAGGGUAUCCUUAUGAACAUCUGGAAUGUGGUGGAUGUGAGGAAUAGAGAGAGGUGUGCUCGUAGACUUUGCAAGUAGGGUGACGGUUGCCCGGGUUGUAACCAGAUUGUGUGUGGUGAUAGCGAGAUAAAGAGUUUGAGAUGGACAACUAGUCUGUCCGGGCAUAAUCCGUUCUAGACCUCCCUUCUUCUAUUCCGUCACCGUGUUGAGGUCAGCACCUUUGGAAAGGUCUUCCUUAUCACUUGACCUGCAGUACCUUUUUUUGUCUUACCAAGGGGCCCUGGUGACGUGGAGAGCCGGUGAAUGCUUUCAGACAGAGCACUGCCAUACCCAUUUCCCAUUGUUGGGAUUUGAAUCCUAUAGGAUCAGUUGAUGGAUGCACUAGUGGCUCUGGACUUACUUCUUGCCAAGUAAUGUCUUAGCUUUAGAGAGCACAAGGUAGCAUACGUGAUAUAGCAACGACAUUUCAGCGGGUUCUUGCAGAAUCACGUAUCACCUUGUUCACUAUUUAACCGCCACUGUGGUUUCCAUAUUCCAUUCAUACAUACCUAUGUUUAAUAGAAGCAAUGAGGUCGACAACUUGAAUUUGCUAUUGUGGUAGUGAAACAGCUCGUGAAUCCGCUCAUGGAUCUAGAUAUUGGGUACGGUGCUUGCUCUAUGCACUGAUGUACCAACUGUUUGUGAUUAUGUGGUCCAUGGUGGUUUUUUAGUCCAUUGUGGUACCCCGUAGAAAACCAGAAACACACAGAAUCAUGCACACACACACACACACACACACACACACACACAAUAUUGGUUCCACAUGAAGUCAGUGAACCGUUACUCCUUUGACAUUGGAGGAAAAGCACCAAAGCCUGCCUCUGGGAGAAAAGCAAUACUGUUCAGUUGAUCCUUGUCUGUCAGUGUCUUUGUAUAGUCAAGCCUCUGUUGGUGUAUUCAGAAGGAUCAUGUCGAUGAAGAAAAUGAUCCAUACGGCUAGUUACUGCGUUUGUAUCUUGUUUUUAGCAAAUUCAUUUUCCCUUCUGUAACUUUAAUCAGAUCUGAGAAUGUCCAAAAAUACCAUCGUCAUUUCAAGCCUUGUGUGUUACUAAGUGCAGAGUUAUCGUUCACUGUUUCAGUAUCUCUCGAAGAACACUGUCUGUUCAAGCCCCUCAGUGUGUUCAGGUCCGCAAGCUCUGCGCUCGACUAGCCACGUCUGAGCUGAGAUCCACAAGCUCUGAGCUUGACUGUGCGUGCCUGAGCUGUGGGGUGCAGCAGUGAGCAUGCCCAAUGUAGUGCUGCUCUAGUGGUAGUCGCAUAGCCGCAGUGAUGCAUUGUGGAUCGCAUGUUAUGAUAGACUAAAAGCUGCAAUCAGCUCAAGUCUGCAUCGCCGUGGCAGAUCCACACGACUCACCCUGAGAGCCAAUGUCUAAGGCAACACAGACUAACAGCAUGGUUGGUAGUAUUAUGAGUACUGUUAUAGCACAGUCUAAUUAAGCAUCAUUUGAUACACUCUCAUCACACUUGCACAACCUUGAAAUUCAACACAUUAUGUCAUGUGAAUGUUCUGCAACUCAAACAAGAACCAAUUUCUACCAAAGCAUUGUAGAUUACAUUGCCACAAGGUAUAUUUAUCCAAUAUAAAGAUCGACAAUGACAGUCAGGGGACAGAAAUAGAAAUAUAUCCACUCAGUCCUAACAUUGUCUGCUUCGUAUAUAGUAGAUGUAAGAAUCAUCUGAUUUGAUACUAAUAUGGGUUUCCUGUGGCCCACUGCCGGAGCGACUCCUACUCACACUGCCAAGCCAAGAGUUUGUGAAGUCUGCUGUCUGCUUCCCACAUUCCAGUGCAGAGAACACCCACUGUUCCAACCUGCAGUAUACUGUACAGAACGGUACAGGUCCCCUGGCCAAACUGCAUUUUAAAACACCUUUUCUAUGGGCUCAGUUGUGCGCUGUUUUAGCCCACCGAGGCCAAGUGAAACAAACAAGCAAAAUAAGUAUAUAUUUGAAUCCUUACUACAAUGUGCAUUUGUAGCCAACUCAAGCUACCCACAGCACAGUUUACUCCUUACUUAAAUAGAUAUGACUUUUACUCUGAGCUCACAGGUAGCCAGGUUACUGCCUGUUAGAAUCACAACACACACCUAUAGGUGUACACCGUUUUUACCCAUCAUCCUCUACUCCAAGGAGCUGUCCAGGGUUCUGAGGAGGAGCUGUUUUCACUCCCUCACUGGCCUCACCCACGGCGUUACUGUCUGUGGGUCGUAGUCACUACACGGCCAGGCUUGAAUGGACUCAAGUGGCAAUAUCAUCCUAACUGAUGACUAAGUACACUACAUUUGCUAUUUGUUAUUGGGGUUAAAGAGUGCUGUACUUCCGUAAUGUCUUGCUAAAUUGUAACGACCACUGUCAAGCCCAAGCUGAGUACGAGGGCUAAUGUGGCUCGUGCUGAAGAAAACAGCUCGCCCUCUUACCCACCAAACAUACUCACCCACUUACUGUGAGGCAGUCGAUGGCUGACCCAACUCAACUCCCUCGGUCUCCAACACGAUGCUUCGUUUAACCGUAAAGUGAAUGUGCAACUCCUCUUAAUAUGUCUCUGUAAUAAUGUCCCACAUUCUCCCCUCUCAUAACUAUGCACUUCAAUCGUUUUUUUCUCUGGAUUGUAGAAAACAAGUAUACAUACAUAUAUAUAUAUAUAUAUAUAUAUGAAAUAAAGGUUUGCAUAAAAGGA